AUGUGUUCUUCUACUGGUUUUCUGGAAAAAGAUGGGCGCGGGAAACGCGCACCACCUAAUAAAUUAUCCGACAAUGGUGAAACGUUCAUAAGACAACACAUUCUUACGUUCCCGUCAGUAGAGUCGCAUUAUUGCCGCGCUUCUAGUACCAAAAAGUACCUAGAGCCAUCUUUAAAUUUAUCGAUAAUGCAUAGAAUGUAUAAGGAAACUUGCAUUACAAAGAAUUUUAAACCGGUUAGUUUUGAAAAAUACCGACAAAUAUUUCAAGAAUACAAUUUGGGUUUUUUCAAACCCAAGAAGGACCAGUGUAGAAGAUGUUUGGCACAAAAUUCUUUAACCGAACAGGAUAAAAGCUUACAGAAAGAUGAGUUUAAAAGACAUCUGGAUCGAAAAACUGCCGCAAGACAAGCUCGUGACCAAGACAAACUCAUUGCAAGAGGAGAUGCUCAAGUUUUAGCUUUUAAUUUUGACCUCCAGUCUGUUCUGUGUAGACCCAAGGGACCCACCGGUCAAAUAUUCUAUUUGCGAAAACUAGCAGUGUACAAUCUUACAAUGUACAAUUUGGCUAAUCAAAAAGUCAACUGCUAUCUCUGGGAUGAAACGCAGGGUAAACGAGGGGCAAAUGAAAUAGCCUCUUGUGUUUAUGAUUUUAUCAUGUCGCACACUAAAAUCACCACCGUUCGUAUGAUGUCAGAUGGAUGUGGCGGACAGUAA